AUGUUAAGAAUGAUGUGGGCGACGUGGAAGUACUUGCUGAUGGUGCUCGGCCUGGCGAGUGCCCAGCGUUCCAUACCAACAGCCUGCGAAGAAGACGCCUGUAGAUGCGAUUCCUUCACUAGACUGAUAUGUCACUGCACUGGCGACUAUCAGGAACUAACACUGAGAUCGGACGGAGCUUAUCGAAUACCGACCAUGGUGACUGCAGUGAUUGUUAACGGCUGCGGCCGCGUCACAUUCUUAUCGGAAACAAUACGGAACCUCAUACAACUGAGAACUAUACAGAUUUCUAAUGUGAACAACUUGGUCGUCAACGAACGAGCCUUGGCCUGGUCACCGAGGGACAACGAGAUGAAUCCCGGACUGAGAAUCACGAUAUCUAAUAGUACGGUCAGCGAAAUAUCGUCCCAUGGCGUACAAGGACGUAUAAAUAGUAUCAUUAUCAGUGACAGUUAUAUAAAUAAUCUAAAGCCCUUCGCCUUCUCUAGCUUAAUCGGUGUAUCGAACAUAGAACUCACGAACAAUGUGUUUGAUAACGUUGAAAUACAAGCAUUCAAGAAGUUCACGACAUCCAAUUUUCUAAUACGCGGCGGUUCCGCCAAAGUACUUCCCAGCAGAUUUCUCUCUGAUGUGGAAGUGACUGAUCUCUUACGUAUAGACGGAAUUAAUAUUGUGUGUUUAUCUAGUUUAACAUUUCUUGUCAGUUUACCAAAGAGAGUUUUGAUUGAAAACAAUAACAUAGACAUUUUAGAGGGGGAUUGUUUUCAUGUGACGUCGAGAGGACCAAUCACCUUCAGAAAUAAUACAGUAAGUACGAUAAGGAAAGGUGCGUUCUACGGUUUCACUGCGAGUCCAGAAGUAUUCUCGGUGACAGGGCAUCAAGAACUCUUGAUGGACAAUAAUACUGUCACUAAUAUAACGCCCACAUCGCUCAUGUACAACCGAACGACAUUAUCGCUGCGCAUCGAUGGACUGAAUCUCAAAUCGACGUGUGACUGCGACCUCGCCGAGGGAUGGCAAAGUGUUUUAAGCGAGCACGGUGGAAUAAUAAACUGCUGGUACGACUUGGAAGAACAUUUCGUGUCUAUACCGACGUACGUUGAUACCCGAUGUGGGAAAUUCAAACAGACAUUUUGGAUUUUUGUUAUAGUAGGUGUUAUUAUCGUUCUAUUGGCGGCUGCCUUUGUGAUAUUUUUUAUAGUUAAGAAAGAAAACGAAAAGAAGAAGAAAGUCCAAAUAGUUAUGCCGGACGGUAAAACUUAUAGGGAGACGGAAUUUCAUAUAGUUGUAGAAAGGGCGGAACUUUUGACAACAGAUUUAUAA